AUGAAAAAAAAUGAAUCUAAAAUCACAGAAUUUGUUCUUCUGGGCCUAUCAUCAUCCUGGGGGCUACAGAUAUUUCUUUUCUUGAUAUUUUUGUCACUUUAUAUGGCUAUCGUUCUGGGAAAUCUCUUGAUUGUGGUAACAGUGAGGGCUGAUGCUCACCUCCUUCAGUCUCCUAUGUACUAUUUUUUGGGUCAUCUGUCUUUUAUUGAUCUAUGCCUGAGCUGUGUAACUGUGCCCAAGAUGUUAGGAGAUUUUCUGCAGCAGGGAAAAACCAUUUCUUUUUCUGGUUGUGUGGGUCAGAUCUACUUCUUGCACUUUCUAGGAGCCAGUGAGAUGUUUCUGCUGACAGUCAUGGCCUAUGAUAGGUAUGUUGCCAUAUGUAAUCCUUUGCACUAUCUGACAGUAAUGAACCGCCAAUUAUGCUCUCAGUUGGUUUUUGCCUGCUGGUGUGGUGGUUUUAUCCACUCUAUUACACAGGUCAUAUUGGUCAUUCAGCUGCCCUUCUGUGGACCCAAUGAACUAGACAACUUCUACUGUGAUGUUCCACAGGUCAUCAAACUAGCAUGCAUGGACACAUAUUUGAUAGAGGUGCUGAUGGUCUCCAACAGUGGUCUGCUCUCGCUCAUCUGCUUUUUAGUCUUGCUCUUCUCCUAUGCUGUUAUUCUGCUCACCCUGAGAACUCGCUUCCGCCAGGGCCAGAUCAAGGCUCUUUCUACCUGUGCUUCCCAUCUAACAGUGGUGAGCCUCAUCUUCGUACCAUGUGUAUUCAUCUACCUGAGACCGUUCUGCAGCUUCUCUGUGGAUAAGAUAGUCUCUGUCUUUUACACAGUGAUCACACCUAUGUUGAAUCCUCUCAUCUACACACUCAGAAAUGCUGAUAUGAAGACUGCCAUGAAAAAACUGAAGAAAAAACAUGUGACGUUUUAUUGUUACGCAGCAAAAUAA